AUGUUCAGCCAGAUUUUCCAAAAGGCGCAGUCCAUUGUGCAAAACAUCGAUCCAAAUGUGCUUCCGGCGGCAUUGGUCAACUCGAAUGCCGGACGUCCAUCAAAAGCACAGCUGUUCAGACACCAGUUCCGCCUGCCGGAGAGCCAGAAUCCGCUGUAUGAGAUCACGGCAGAGUUGACGCUUCCUGGCAAGAAGAAGGAUGUUGGCCCCAAAUCGCACAGCCCGCGAAGCUGGGACAAGGCGAACUGGGAUAGGGAGCGCGGUACACACUAUGUCGGCCAACUGCAUCUGAGCGAGCAGUUCCUGUGCUUUUCCACCGUCAACACCUCCUUUGUAAGUACCGCCAGUACGAGUGCAAGCAGCACAUUCACAGGGAGGACCCACGGCACGGGCCCAGCAGGAAAUGGCUUCACCCUGCCGUUGUGUGCGGUGCGGCGCGUGGAGAGGCUCCACACGCAAAGCUACAUGUUCGCGCUGUCAAUAACCACGUGGAACGGUUUUGAUGCGGGCACUGAGGAAAAGCCAGGCGCACCGGCGCCACCGAAGCUCACCAUCCAGCUGGAGGGUAGUCGGCAACAAUGCGAGCGAUUCUGCGAUGGUCUUAAGAGGGGUCUCAGGCAGGGGAUCAAGGAGGUCGACAACAUGAGGACUGUGGCUCAGGAGUGCUUCUCCGAGUACUUCCUAUGCGGAGAUUUUGAAAGCGAUACCAAGCCAGACAUGCCAGACGGGUCGCCUCGACUACCUCCGGACACUGGUCUAGGCAGCAUCUUCAAGUACCCUGGCAACACGCGAAAGCUUCGAGACAAGAGCAAGAUGCGGCUAUGGCAUGAGUACUUGAUGGAGAACGGCCGCAAUACGACACUCGUACGACAGGCCGACUUUCACAGGCUGAUCCGCGUAGGAUUGCCAAACUUGCUGCGAGGUGAAAUUUGGGAGCUUACCUCUGGCUCUWUCUUCCUUCGACUCCACAAACCCAAGCUAUAUCAAGAGACUCUGGCAAAGUUUGAAGGGCAGUCAUCGCUCGCCAUUGAUGAGAUCGAAAAGGAUCUCAAUCGCAGUUUGCCGGAAUAUGCGGGCUUCCAGAGCGAGGAAGGCAUAGGUAGGUUGCGCAGAGUCCUGACCGCCUACAGCUGGACAAACGAGGAAGUCGGGUAUUGCCAGGCCAUGAACAUUGUCGUUGCAGCUCUGCUGAUCUAUCKCUCCGAAUCACAAGCGUUCUACGUGCUCUCGAUUUUGUGUGACCAGCUCCUGCCGGGAUACUACUCGACAACGAUGUACGGCACGCUCUUGGACCAGCGGGUGUUUGAAAGUCUAGUCGAGAAGACGAUGCCGAUCAUCUGGGAUCACCUGGUCAAGAAUGACGUCCAGCUAUCUGUGGUUUCGCUUCCGUGGUUCCUGUCGCUCUACAUCAACAGCAUGCCUUUGAUUUUUGCGUUCCGUGUGCUUGACGUGUUCUUUCUGGAAGGCCCAAAGGUGCUCUUCCAGGUCGGGCUCGCCAUCCUUCGUAUCAAUGGGGAGGAACUUCUCGACGCAACAGACGAUGGCACAUUUAUAUCAGUUCUAAAAUCAUACUUCGCCCGGCUAGGCGAGUCCGCGCACCCCAAAUCGGAAAAUCCAAAGCACAGAGCAAUCACCAACUUCCAAGCGUUGAUGGUGGUCGCGUUCAAAGAGUUUGAAGGAAUCACACAACAUACAAUCUCGGAGCAGCGUGCAAAGCACAAGCCGGCCGUGCUCGAGAAUAUCGAAUCGUUUGCAAAGCGAACUUCAAUCCGCAAUCUGGGUCCUGAGAGCAAGAAACUCUCCACCAACGAUCUUGGUUUCCUCUAUGAUCGUUUCUACACAAUCUUGUACCAACGACAGCAAAGAGCGCAGAUGAUACAGAGCGAAAGUGAACGACGCCAGAAAAUUGCCAGGCAGAGGGCAUCAGAGUUGGUCACUGGAGUUCCCGGCAACGCUCCUGAGAUUGGUAGGGUUGGUCUUGGACCAAGUGCGACCCUCAUGGACUACGAUGCCUUUAGGGAAUUCCUCGCUGGAGUGACCAAAUGGGCUGUCACAGAUUCGCCUUCUUCGCCAGCCAGGGAUGAUAAAGGAAGCAAUGGCUACUUCAGCAACACACUCAGGGGUAAGCCGGUCAACAUGUCACCUUGGGGCAGUGGUCCUGAGCCUGCCGACCACGAGUUUUUGCAGAGACUAUUCAGAAGCUGGGAUGUGGACGGUACCGGAGCGUUGACUCUGCAAAACGUGGUGUAUGGUCUGGCUCCUAUUAAAGGUAAUCGAGAUAUCAUGAGCAAUAUCUCGUACUUUUUCGAGCUUUACGAUGAUGAUAAGGAUGGGAAGGUGGACAGAGAAGGUAUGCUUCGCAUCUCCGAGUCGCUUUUGUUCCUCUCAAGGCGAGGCGUUCUCGGUACUUCGAUGACGGGGCUGGAAGAAAAGGGGCUGGACGGCCUACCCAUCUCACGGGAUGAGCAAUUCUUGUCUGCUGUUUCCGCGUUCAUAAGAAGAUGCUUCGAGUACGCUGAUCCAGACUACCAAACAUCUCAGGAUGUGGAUGACACCGCAGAAAAAGUCAACGAGCUUGACAUCUCCAAGGAUGAUUUGCUCGACCUUGAUGACGAUGAUGAGAAGUCGUCGGAAGAUCACGCCACUACGACAAGCCCUACUUCUCCUCACGAGAACUCACUCCUCGGCAGACCAUCGGUCAACAGUUUCGGCCAGACAAGAUCUAAGAACGCAUCUGCGAAUGUGGCACUAGAUCCAUCCAGCCCACUCCACAUCACACUUCCAACCUUCCGCAUGCUGGUUCUCGCAGAUGAGACACUGGAGGCCUUCUUCGAUUCUGGAUUCGCUAAUAGCUUCCAUCUCGCGGAUGCGCCACUGCCGUCUUCUACCUUGACAUCGCCCUCCUUCCUCAAUCUCCACAACGCGGCACCGAGCAACAACGCCCAUGCCGUGCCGGUCAUCAGUCCCGGCGGACCAGGUGCCGGCAUUGUAGCACCAGGCGGUAAGGGUCUGCGGGGUAUGCUGGACAACAUCGUCACAGAUGGUAUGCGAGUAGCUGCAGAGGUGCGGCGCCGUAUGGACGAGGCGCAGAAGGAGUUGGAUCGUGGAGCCAGCACUCGCGGGACAGAAGAUGAUGAGGAUGAAGAAGGAGAGGAUCACGGACGGGAUCUUUUGGACGUCGCCGAGGCUGACGCUGGAGUGGCUGGGAAGGCUGAGCAGCAGAGUGUGCUUGAUAAGCCUCUAGUGCUGGACCCCAAGGCUGCGAGCUCUUCGGCGGCAAGUGUAAAGAGUACUGGGAGCGAGGUGGAGAAGAGCACCAUGUUUGAACGAUAG